UAAUUUUUAAAUUAAAUUUAUAUGUAUGAUUUACAACGAACAUGUUUAUUAUUUAUGUUCUACGUUAUUUUGUAUAAAGAUAAUAAAUAUCAAUGAUGAUAAAAUUAAAGUGUUUUUCAACUGUUUGUAAACCGAGUGCAUGAUGUAUUUGUUGGAUUGCUUGUUGAAUUUCAUUCGUCGAAUUCUAGACACGAUAUUCGCCAGGCGCAUCACGAAUUCGCUAUUGAUAUUUGUUAAGACUAAUACCGGUACUGUUGUACCUGUGGGACUGGAUCCGAAAUGGGAAGUCCGAGACAUCAAAGAGUUUGUCGCCCCCAAGUUGGGAAUGACUCCUGAAGAGUUGAUAAUUAUAUUUGCCGGCAAAGAAUUGCAAGACUCAGAAUUAUUGGAAGAAUAUAAUCUAGCAGAACAGACUGUGUUACAUGCUGUUAAGUCGAGACAUAGGUCAUUUGAACGCAAGCCACGUGUUUCCACAUGUAUCGAAGAAGACGAAGAAUUUGAUGACACAAAACGUGCAGCUGUAAACUUUUAUGUAUACUGCACGUCACCUUGUGCCAAUACAACUGUUGGCAAAAUCCGUGUAAGAUGCUUCAAAUGUAAGAGUGGUGCAUUUACCGUUGACGGUGAUCCAAAAAACUGGAAUGAUGUGCUCAAACCUAAAAGAAUUACUGGACAUUGUGAGAUAAAUCAAUGUACAGAUGGAGAGGUUGGAUGGUCAGAAUUUUAUUUCAAAUGUUCUGAACAUGUUACCAAAGGUGAAAAUGAUGAAGCAAUUGCACUACAUUUGAUUAGAAAUAACUUACAUGAUAUCCAAUGUCUAGCUUGUACUGAUGUUAGAUCAAAAGUAUUUGUAUAUCCAUGUGAUGAUGGACAUGUAACCUGCUUAGAAUGUUUUUGUGAAUAUGCAGUUAGCCGACUACGAGAAAGAAGAUUCAUUUUUGAUUAUAAUCUUGGUUACACAUUACCAUGUCCAGCUGGUUGCCUUAACAGUUUAAUUAACCAACCCUAUCAUUUUAAAGUGUUAAGUAAAGAUCAUUUUGAAAUGUAUGAAAGGUUUGCAACUGAAGAAUAUGUACUUAAUAAUGGUGGUGUGUUAUGUCCUCAACCUAAUUGCGGUGCAGGUAUACUUGUUGAUGAUGAUUGUGACAAAGUAUCGUGUAUUAAUGGAUGUGGGUAUGUGUUUUGUAAGAAAUGUCUCCAAGGUUAUCACAUUGGUGAAUGUUUACCAAGAGAAGAGCAAUUAGUUAUUGAUAUAGCUGGUUAUUCAGUUGACCCUAAAUUAGUGUCACAGUCUAAAUGGGAUGAUGCAAGUAAAGUCAAGAUCAAAGUAUCUACAAAACCUUGUCCAAAAUGCCGUACGGCCACUGAGCGAGAUGGAGGUUGUAUGCACAUGGUAUGUACUCGAUGUUCAUUUCCAUGGUGUUGGUUGUGUCAAACAGAAUGGACAAGGGAGUGUAUGGGUAGCCACUGGUUCAGUUAAAAUAUUAUAUUCAGUUUUUCAGUAUUUAUAUAAAUGUCUACUGCAUAUUUAACUUAAUUAUCAUAUAUUUUUAUUUUUUGUAAUAAAGUAUUAUUUUCAUAUUUA